UGCGACGAAGUCGAAGGAAUAUUGUUACUUCCCGGAGUCACGGAAAAACGGGAGACUCGGUGUCUCUGUCCUCGCGAAACAGAAGAGCUCGCAGUCGGUUGAAGGACGAGACAGACAAGGAUCAGCUACGCCUCCCUGACAUCAAGUCUAAGCAAAGGCUGGGGUCUCCCCAGGGAGUGUUUUUGACCGCUUUGAGUGGAUACGAUGACACCCCCCUGCCCUCCGAGAGACGGCCGUCUGUCACGUCCAGGUCGUCCCGGGAAGCCGUCCCCCCUGCAGCAGCCUCCGGGGACGCGGACCCUUCGCUGACGUCACGGGACAACAAAGAUGGCUCCCCGACUCGACUUCCGGUGCUCUCGUCCUCCAGAGAUGGGGAGUGCAGACGGCAUCAGGCGGAGACUUUCUCUACUACCUCAAGGAGUGUGACGAGAGACUACUGCAGGCCAACACAGACCUACGGAAACGAGACAUCAAACUGGAGGUGAUCGACAGCGACACUCGUAUGGUCCGACUCCUCAAUGAGCUGAGGAGAGACAAGCAGCCCGACAAAGCCUUGGUGGAGUUCAUCACUCACUUCUGGCACGAGAUGAAGUCAACGACGGAGUCGCUACAAGCGCUUCUCGAUAAAUUCAACAACACAGUCCUUCUACGCCUCAGCAACAACUACAUAGGCAGCCACAGCGCCGACCUUCAGGUGCCCGUCUGCCAGCAGUACGCCCUUGACAUUGAAGGUUUCCUCAAAGACCUUGACACCCAGCUCGGCAACGCCAGACUGAUGGUGAAGAGCUACGGGAACGGCAUCCACCAGAAUCUCCUGGACGACUCAGACUUUUCCCAGCGCCUCAUGGUCUGCUGUGACCUGAAAGCCUUCCCUAUCCUCGGGUUUAUUCACGACGUGUGUGGAAAAAUUCUCAAAAUGUGUGCAUCGGCGCGGGAGUGGCUCGCGAGAGAUGAGCAGUUCAUGCACGAGAUUAACUCUUUUAUUCGGGAGACGAGAACGGUGGCGAGGAGGAGGGAACAGGCUUUGAUGUCGGAGAAACAGAAGAGAAAGAAGCAGGAGAAGAACGUGAAGAUUGCCCAGAGCAUUCUGCACAACAACCGGCAAAAACUUCGUCUGAUCGAGCAAGAGCUGCAGCAGUUGGAGACGCGGCUGAACGAGUCCAAAGUGGAGCAGAAGGUCAAGUCGGAGGAGAUCCAGCAGAAGGAGAGCAUGGUGGACUUCCUCAAGCUCACCCUGCAGCAGACCAAGAAAAACUACAGCCUGCAGACCAAGAGGACCAAGCUCUUACGGCAGGUACGAGAACUGGAGGACUACCUUCGUACUAUGGAGGCCAACCUAGAGGUGGUGCAGGACAAGAUACUCGCUAAGUCACACGAGAAGAUUUUACUGGCCGAGAAAAUCAACCACUCGGAGAAGUCCUACGACGCCCUCAAGACAGACUUUGACAAAUACUCGGACAAUCUGGAGGAGUUGGAGGCAGAGGUGACAGGCCUCUCAGGUCAACUGCUACAGCUUGAGAUUGUCCACACCAUCAAGACGUCUCCGGAGACUUUGGACAAUCUGCUGGACCGACCAUCUACCGUCAAGUUGUCUCAGUCUCUCAAAGAGCGCAUCAAAGAGAGGAAGAAAAAAGCCGCGGCCAAAGCCAGUUGAUGAUAUUGUCUGGACUAUGGGCGGGAAAACAUCGGGAAAACAUCAGGGAAACAUCGGGGACCGGAAGCACGCUUUAUCUUUACUGACAAUAUUGUACAGAGUUGAGCAUUGUGACAGAAAUGUGUUUGAGCUCCGGAUUGAAAUUAGUCCAAGUAGUACCAGGUGUGGGGCUAUACUUUACUUUUACCAACAUUCACUAAAAAUCUUGACGCAUCAAGACGUAGUAGAUCUAUACAAAGUACAUUUCCCAAAUGAGAGGCAUGGUGGUGAAAUCAUGCGCUCGUCAAAAUAGCGAAAUUGGAUAAACAGGCAUUUUUCCCGCCAGUUU